GUACGUUUUAGUGCUAAAUGUCUACUUAAAGUCGUGUUUUUUUGUAUGUGUCAAUGUAUUAUCCAAGCUACGAGCUAACGGAUAGCAACCGGCUAACUGAAUGCUAGUGUCUCUGAAUUAGUACAAAAAGAAAUGUAUGGUUACAUUUUUUUCUAAAAAAAAUUUUUAUUUUAGUGUUAUCAAGAUGUCUCCGAAGUGAGAAUUUUCAACGGUAUUUGAAGUUGUUAAGACUAAAGCAGCAUUUUCAAAUAACGUUAGCCUUGAAUGGGCACUGCAUGGCGAGGACUGUCCUUACAUCACCCACGGUGGUCAGUGGUGGACGAUAUUUUGACGUAAAUAUUUGCUUAUUAAGGUGGAACAUCAGAAAUGGCCCGUGGGCACCAAAAGUUCCAGUCCCAGCAGAAAAAUGCCAAAAAGCAGGCGGAGAUCAAGAAGAGUAAAGGCCAUGACCAGAAGGCUGCAGCUAAGGCUGCUUUAGUAUACACAUGCACCGUGUGUCGGACACAAAUGCCUGACCCCAAGACCUUUAAGCAGCACUUUGAAAGCAAACAUCCAAAGUCUCCAAUGCCCCCAGAGUUGGUUGGUGUGGAGGCGUAAUGGAUUAACCUCUUUCUGUAAGGCAGUUGGAACCAACUCAGGACAGGCUUCUACAUUUUGAGGUGUUUCAGAUAAUCUUCAGUACAGCUUCAGUUAUUGCUCAUGCUGAUUAAAUGAUGUAGGGAUUUUACACAAUCAAUUGGACUGAAGACAGCUACCCUCUCUUGGCAUAAAUGUGUGUUCCACUUUUGAUUGUAUGCAAUAUUUGCAAAAUCUGAUCAUUUCAAAAUGUUAUGCUCACAAGACUAGCUUGUCCAUGGGCUCCACCACCAUCUCAGGUCUCCCACUGUUUCACGGCAAGCUUUGAAUACAAGAUGAAUUGGCACUGGCUCAAAUGAACAAAGAUGAUGAUGAUAAUUGGACGUUAUCUGCCAAAUCCAGUGUAAUGUGAAAUCCAUUAUGGGUUUUGAUUGAGAUGGAUUUGUGAUGCAGAAGGGUUGAUGUCAAAAUAAUAGUUAUCCAGAAUGUGACUAGAGUUCAUUAA